AUCUUCAAGAGAUUGCAAAUUCUAGUUUCGAUUUUGAUACAACUCGCAAAAGAAAAGCCCAAGAAAUCAUCGAUAACUGGAAGGUAGAACAACAAAUACUUGCAUCUGAAAGUGCAAAUCAGAACAUUGGUACCAUAAACAACCAUUGUACAACUCUUGGAAAACGGCAAAAUGAUGAUUCAGAAAGAACUUUCAAAGAAAAAUGCCAAGAUACAGGGGAUAGAAAAACUAUAAAUGAGCCUGUGAAAAUCACUGAUGACCCGAAAAGUGAUACACAAGCGAUUAAUACCAUACAAAAUUUAGAUGAAAAACAAGUUUCUAUAAUUAAUCGAUUAUUAGAAAACAUUUUUUAA